AUGUCGGAGUGUCGUCACCACCAUCUGUCAGCCUCGGAUCGCGCAAUGAGGAUGAAGGAGAUGACGUGGAUUAUGGGGGCGGGACUGACCUACUCGACUCUAUUUGAGGAGUCACCGUUGUAUAAUGGAGACGUUGAGCCUAACCAACAUUCCCACAGCCUUAUAGUGUUGGGUGUAGGUGACAGUAGCAUAAUUGGAUUCCGAGUCACGAUGAAUUUUCAAGACCGUUCCAGCUUACUACAAAAUCAAGUUAACGAGCUUUUUGCAAUGUUUCAGGCCGCGCGUAGUAAUGUGAAAAGAGCCCAAUUGAACUACGAUAAAGUCAAGGCAGUGGGAUCUCAAAAUGCUGAAUUGCAUUAUGCCAAGAUGCCGAAAAGCAAAAACCUGGAAAUUCAAACACUUAGAUCCAAAGUGACGCCUGAUCAGAAAGAGAUUAGUCUGAAUCUCCAGGAGCAACAUGCCAAGGUUCUUAUUGACAAAGACAUGGAAAUCCAAACGCUGAAGACCCAAUUGGCGGCUAGUCAAGAAGAGAGCUCCAGAAAGGAGGAGGAGCUUCAGAAGUAUCGCUCCAAGGAACACAGCGACGACCGGGUGAUCCACUAUCUAAACACCUGCCUCAUUUUAGAAGAGCAACAACACUCCGAGAAGAUCAAGGUGCUUCAGGAGCAACAUUUCAAGCAGAUCGAAGGCAAGGACCUGGAACUUCAGACGCUUAAGAUCCAACAGGUGCAACAUGUCAAGGAGCUGAACGACAAGGACCUUGCCAUCCAAGACCUAACGAUCCGUCUAUCUGGUGCUAAACAACAAACCGUCGAUAAGAUUAUGGAGCUAAUAAAUGAGAAGGAUCGACACUCUCAAGUAAUUCAGAAGUUCCGGGAGGAGAGUUUACUGGCUGAGCGACGUCUUGAAAGUGUUAGAAUGAUGUUGAAAGGAAACUUGCGUCAAAAAAUGAAGGAGGUCGACCUGGAGCUAACUCAACUCCGCACUAGGCUCAACAAGCUCUAUCUAGAGCUCCAGGAGGCAAAGAAGUCACAGGAGGCUCUAAUGGCUCGAUUGGCUGCUAAGGACAGGAAAAUGAAGUAUCUCGCGGAGCAACUCGAAGCGAAAGAUUCAGAAAUCCAGAAUCUUAAUGAAAUGAUUCAGGGAGGGGAUGAGGUGAGUGUGAACCUGGUGGCGAAGGACGCGGACCUUAAGUGCAUUCGUAACGGACAAUCGAAAAAAUAA